GUGGAAGGGAGGGAGGGUAGCAGAGAGAGAGAGAGAGAGAGGGAGAGAGGGAGAGAACGGGCGACAGAGGGAUGAACGCAAGAGCUCACUCUAUCUUAAUCGACUCCGCAGGGUGGACAGUACUGACCAGCUGUCCACUCGGGUUGCGGUUCAGCAGCUGAAACCUGGCCGCAUCUGCGCCAGUGUUCGUCAUCCAGCAGCAUCGGGGCUCGAGCUGCUCUGCGCUCGAAGCUCGUGCUGGACCGAUGCGGUAAACGCGCUCGAGGCCGGUGGGGGAGAGGGAGAGCAGCGCGAGCUGCGGUGACGUGAGAGAGCUGAGCAGAGAGGAGAAGACAUGAAACACAGCAGCUCGUUGUUGGUCAGGCACGCCCUGGGGAGGCAGAGCACUACCAUGGUGCUUCUGCUGAUACUCCCUCUGCUUCUUGUUCUUGUCCAGCCUACUACAAGCCAAGUCUAUAUAAACUCUUCAUCAUAUGAUGGCAAUGCUACAGCCUCCUCUUCAAAACAGACUCAGCCCACAGGCCGGACUGAUGUGCCUUUCAGAAACAAUCAUCAAGAAAUGAGUAGAGAAGCUGAGAGAGAAUCACUGAUGGACAAAAAUGUUUCUGUUCAAGUGUCUAAGCAAGGGGAUAUUGUGUUAAAUGGGCAUCCAGAGGAACACACCGUAAAAAAUCAUAUGUGGGAAACAUCAACACAGCCUUCUAAUGUGCACAUAAAGGUUGAACUCACUACCCAUUCAAUAUCCCCCAACACCAGAGCCAAAAGUGGGCUCACUCAGACUCAGCCCACAGUAAGGCUUAUUACUACAGCAUCCACACAACAUGUAGAAGGCCGUUCUUUAAAGACCACAGCUGAAACCCCUCCUGUUGAUGAGGGCUCUGGUCACAUCCUGCUCCAGACAGCAGAGACAGAGCCAGUGACCAAAGAACUAAUUCAUGAAACGAGUGAAGAGGACUGGUCAACUUCAGAUGUAUUAAUCCCCACUGUGAUUAGCUUAACUGAGACUGUGGAAAUAGACGACGCUGAGCGUGCCCAGUAUAGGCCCCAAGCUCAAACAGCCUACAGCAUUCAGACCACUGUUUCUAACGCUCAGAAACACCCUACUGUCAGCUUAGUGCUCCAGCCCAAGCACUCCAGUACUACUCUGGUCAGCGAGAGACCUGUGACCACGUCAGCUCCAAAUAUGGUGAACCGAAACGUGACAGUCAAUCUAGCUGAUGAGGAGAGAGGAGCUAAGACAAGCAGUACAAUUCCAACUGGACACCAGUCUAAAGGAGCUUCACGGCCUCCAACACAUUCACCAUCACCUAGUGAAAGCCCCCCUUUCAACACAAGCACCACCAUCCUACUGCUGAGGACUCCGCCACCACAGGACGCUCCAGGAAGUUCCACCAAUCUGCAGCCAAGGAACACAUCAAAGCCAGCAAAAGCAGCAACAGCAUCCAAUAAGGAGCCAAUAGGGGAAGAAUCUAGCACAAGCACUCCACAAGGACUGGAGACCAAAAUCUUCAAAAGCUUACCCUCUGCAAGCACAACAAAUCAACAAAACCUGACAGAUACAACCAAUUCUCAGAGUACAUCUUUUCCCAUCCCGAAAGGACGUGGACGUUUGGUACCAUUUGAGAAUGAUGCAAGAUAUGAAGAAAAGGACUUGUCAAUCUCUCUGGGCAGCAUCCCUUCAGUUAAACCAGGUCCAAUCCCUUCAACCACCUAUAUUUCUAAGGACCGCUGUGACCCUGCUUUCGGCCCCUGUGUUUCUUCACCUAAAGAUCCAAAUGUGCACAGUGAACUUGGUACCUCAAAUGGGAGCUUGUUGGUGUGGGCAGAUCUUAGUCGCACACUGUCCUUUGCCUGGGAGCUCCAUGUUUUUGGCUCUGCUGCCCUUUUCCUGCUCCUCACUGCUGGCUCUGCCUUGGGUUUAGCCCUGGCUCCCAGCAUGCACUGCCCUCAUCGUGGGGCACUAGCCCUGGCGAAUGGCCUAUUGCUUCUGGCAGGAGCAAUUCGAGCUGCCUACUUCCUGCUCGAUCCCUAUGGCUCCCGUCUACUUUUGCCAUUGCCUGUCGUCACUACCCUGUACACGUUGCCUCUGCCUCUCUUAAUAUGGGUGCAGGCUGCAAUGGUAAUGUUGGUUCUUAUAGGGGCGGAGGUAGCGCUGCUGCCUCCUUCUGUUCAGCGUCCACCUCUUCUGGGUGUGCUAGCUGUCCUCCAGUGUACCCUACUGCUGGCUGCUGACCUGCUGUCUCCUGCACUGUCACCUGCUGUACCUGUGGUCCUACAGAGCCUCACCUUGACUGCAGGGUUGGUGUUGUGCCUGGGGUACCUCUGCCUGGUGCUGCCACGUCUCUCGGGCCCCCAGGUAGGGCAAGUAGGAGAAAAAGGCCUGAGUGGGCCGAAGUUGAGGGUACUAGCACGCGUGCUGGCAGUUUGUGCUCUACUUGGGGCAUUAUGCUGCUUGUUGCAUGCUUACACCUGCCUAUGGCUGUAUGGUCUACUAGGGGACUGGCGGCGCUUCCGCUGGACCUGGUGGCUGUGCCAGUUCUGGGCACGGCUGCUGGAACUUGGCUGGGCAUUCUGUCUGCUGCUACUGGCCUCCUGGGUCUUCUGGAGACCUCGAAGGGUACAGACUCGGAGAGCUUCAGGGCAGGGAGGAACUGCUGCAGGGGACCUCCCUUCUCCUGGCCAGUCCUCCAGUUCUUCCCACACACACACUUGCUGGGCAAAGAUUGUGCAGAGCUUGAAGGGCCGGCCACAUAGGAAAUCGGACAGCAAUGGAGUGGGAGGAGCAAAUGGCGGUGGAGUGUCAGGAGAGCUGCCGAACAAUUGGGCUGGACAGGAACGUUCAGGUGCAGAUAUCAGCAAGAGCCUCAUAAGAAACCGGGACCCGCCCAAAGAAAGCAACCGCGGACGCAACCAGAGAAGCGUUGCUGAGAGCUCAGCUGGGUCAUUGCUGAGAUUGCAGGCACUUGGUCAGCCACAGCAGUGCUCGUUGAGUGGCAGCCUGGACCAGGACAAAGAGUCGGCCAUCUCUCUUUACGACUUUGAUCUGCGUCCUCCGUCCCCAAUUGAUCUGAGCCGCAGCAUCGAUGAAGCAUUGCACCGGGAACAUCUGUUGAGGGGUGGCAGUCUGUUCCACCCACUGGGACAGCCAUCACCACCUCCAUCUCCCAUGCCUUGGAUGCGUAGGAACAGCGACCCUGAAAUCACACUCUCAGAAAGCAGUGAUGAGCACACCUUGCUGACUGAGUCCUCUGCAGGCCUGGACCGGUCAAUCCCCAGUGCUGUGCCCAGUCGGCAGGUCACGGCUCCUCCUACGCCCACCCAUCAGGGCCCACGCUGGGCAUCUGAAGUUCCCGUGCCUUCUUCCAUGUCCUGCCCUGUCUCCCUGCACCCCUCUCCUAGUGCAGGCCGAGCCGUAACCCCCAGCACAGAUGACACCAGACCAUUCCUCACCCCUGAACUGGAAAGAGGGUCACAGCCUGACAGCAGAGGGGGACGGAACUACCUGAAAGUCAAUCGCCAGGAUGACUCAGCCAGUGUCAGUAGUGACAUAAUUGACCUUUGAACUGGUCAAAGAUCAAUGACCCUAGUAACGACCACCUCACAUAACCUAAAAGAUAAGGCUGAGAUUAAAGACAUUUACCAGAUAACCAAAACCAUGAGCCUAAAGGGAGACCUAAAGUGAAAGAUUGGACAUUAAGAUCAGAUUUACACAGUAAGUUACUCUGAGUUACUCUGUAUGGGUUAGUGGACUCACUUCGAAGGUUUGUUCACAUGCCCUGUUCAAUCCUGCACAUAUUCACCCCCCACCCCCACCCCCCCAAGACCUGGACGUGAAGGUUUCAGAGCAAUGUAAAAGAACAACAUGAGAGAAUGUUGGAUUAGAGAAGAAAUAUUGGACGGAGAUUUUUGGAAGAGAUCUAACAAAGAGAUUCAUAUUGUAUGAACAAGCUGGAAGUGUUUGCACAGUUUAAUCAGAUGUUUAUUUGCAAAUGGUAGCACAUGUUUUUUGGAAAUUCGGUUGUUUUAUGAAGACUGUUUUGGAAAGUAGUCUUUUUUCAGCUUAUUUGGAAAAGAACUGAACCUCAGACAGAGACACUUACGUAUUUAUACACAUGGGAGUGUGAGAGAUCUUUGCUAGGUUAUACCCCAUAAGCGGUGUGAACAUUGAACAAAAAGAUCAAAUCGAAUCAAAUCAAAUUUAUUUGUAUAGCGCUUUUUACAACGGAUGUUGUCACAAAGCAGCUUCACAGAAAGAUGAUUGCCUUCAUACCCAAAGCAUAUAUUUACAGAGGUUAUGGUGAUUUUAUAAUACAUAAGGUAGCACAACCUCUUAAUUUUUAGUCUUACAUGGCAUGAGGUCAAGCUAACAUGAAAAUUGUGACAGUCAAAAAAGUAAAAUAAAAGGUUGUAGGGCUGAAGAAAAUAGGCUUUUUGAGGUAACAAUGGGUGUCUUCAACGCAGGGUUGGGUAGUGAUGGAAUACAACAAUAUAUCUGAUAAUCCAGAUACAAAAGUAACUGUAUUCCGUUACUUUUACAGUAAAUAGACACCAGUAUGAACCACCUUAGGAACCAGUACAGAGCAGAUAGAACACAAGUGAUGGUCAGUCAGCGUUAUUAAAAUGGUUUCUAUUUAUGAUUACUGUUGAGGAAGGGUCUUGAGAAGAUUUAUGCCAGAUGUUUUGAUCUGAUAUGGUAAGCAAUAGAUUCUUAACAACUUUGGCAAAAUCCCAGGAGAGCAGUAUUUUUUUUCCUUUGCAUAUUAAACUUAAUAAACUGGAUCAAUCUACAGUGAUUACCUAUUUGCAUUUUAGUCUUCUGCACUCAGCCUUUUUCAUAGGGAGCUCGGCCUUAAUUAUACUGUACAAAUAUGACAUCUUUAUGUCUGAAAUAUUUUCAUAUAUUGCUCCACUUAGAUUUGGCUGUUGGACAAAUGUGAUAUCCGUGAGCAUUUGCGGGAGGCACAAUAUUUAAUUGACCUCUAAUCCAUCCUUCUGUUUCAUUAAACAGUGCAGUUCUCCUGUUAAAAUUAGCCUGUUUGGUUCACAUUGCUCCUGCCUGAACAGUCAAACAGAAGCUACUGCUAUUCAACCUUGGGUUGUCCCAGACUGUAGCAAGGUUUCAUUGGAGACCAGAGAUGAUUUCAAACAAUUAUAAUAUCAUUAUGAUGUGAAUUGGUCUUAAAUUACUUGGGCUGCACCAUCUGGUGACAGCAUAGGUGAAAGUUCAAGCUGGAAUCCAUCAGAAUUUAAGAAUAUUUGUUGUGUUAUUUUGCAUAGUAUUUUACAUGGAAGACAGAAGGACAUAUCUCCCAAGACGGCUGUAUUUGCUGUCCACUACAACAACAUUAUGUAUGCUUGAGCAAUACAUGAGAAAAGCCAACACGAGUAUGUGUGUAACAUAAAAGAAAAUGUAAAUACGCUAUUUUUGUUGACUGUAAAUAAGAAUAUGCUGUGUUUGGAGUUACAUGGAAUUUAUUUACUGUGAAUGACAAUCUUGAAUCGUGCAUUUCCAAGCAAGGACUGGCAUUAAAGGAAGUCAGCUAUUUUUUUAGAUAAUAAAACUAAAUAUUCUAGUAAUAUCGGACUGAAGCGUUUUUAACAUUGGGGCACAUCCCAAAUGACACUAGCACUAUCUAGUACAAUACUUUAAGCAUAAUCAAAGAGGGAAUUUAAGAAAAUGUGAUCCUACCUUGAUCUUAUACUCAAACUCUGUGUUACCUGUUUUUUGGUUAAUGCCUGAAGAUGCGUUAGCUGGCUUAGAAUCCUGACAAAUACAGACUGUGAAAAUACUACGACUGGUUUAAAGUUUGUGCACCCCGUUUCAUGCUUGCCUGUGAUUCCAGAACUGAGUAUAUCUGCUCACUUAAACGUCGUUGUGCUGUCCCAUGAUCCAAUCAGGUGUCAUGAUUCCGCCCAUCCCACCCUUUUGCUGGGUUGGUCUCUUGUCACUUACUGACAGUAUCCUUGUAGUUGUUAUCUUGAUAAUUCAGUGCCAUAGUGCAGAUGUAUUCAGUACAUGAUUGCGAAGCAUUUUUGAGUCCAUGGUGUUCUUUGAAGACUGAAAUGUGUUCCCUCUUUCUCUCAAUGCUGAUGUAUUUUUGUGCUGAAGCCUCAUUUUGGUUUUGAUUAAACCUGAUGGACAGAA